AUGUCAUCCUCGCCAGGACCCCAUGAUUACAAUGCUAUCAGAAACACGAUAGCGCUAUACUGUAUAGCUCUGGAUAACAAAGAUUGGGCUCUGUUAGAGAAGGUCUUUGAAAAAGAUGUGGUGGCAAUCUACCCGUUCAAUGACGAACCAAUUCUUGGUGUUGAUGCGUUGAGCAAGAGGAUUCAGCAACGACUAAAGCCAGUGACAACUCAACACGCUCUCACAACGCAGCAUCUGGUCACUGGGUCAUCUUCAGCAAAGGCAACCACAUACUUCACUGGCGUACAUCUGGGCCGAGGGAAGUGGGAAGGUCAACAGGUGACCGCGUAUGGAAAGUAUGUUGACGAACUGGUCUGCCUCCCUGCUGCAGAGGCACAGGAUGCAGAGGUGGAGGCUGGUGCUAGUGAUGCAUGGAAGAUCAACAAGCGGACAGUGACCUUCUUUGGACGAGUCGGAGAGGAAGGUGUUAUGGAAGGAGAGGGAUAG